AUGAGCGGACAUGAUUCUGUUACAAAAAUAUCCCAUAUCCUUAAUGAACCGAUUACAGAAAAGGUGACGUUGCAAAAACGAGUUAACUCAAGUUCCACAGCGAGAGAUUUUGAAUUGGGGACUCAAGAAGGUACCUCGACUAAACGAUCGAAAUCACCGGAGAGCGCAGCACCUUUUACUUCGAGUCAUCACUUCAACCCAUUUCUCUAUACACCGUUUAAAUCUCGUGCCACAGCGCCAUUUGUCCCUGAAUUAGUAAGGGGUGUGGACUUGGCAAGCCCGCCAGAGGAUGAUCCUGCAAGAGUGUUUCACGAAAAGACUGGGUUGUUCUAUCAAAUAUCUUCCCACUCCAUCCCAACUUUUAUAGUGCCAGAAAAGGAACUUCCAGACCCAAUAACAUUUUAUGAAUCGGUGCAAGAUUUAGGGUCAAUUUACGGUUGUGUCAAAUUAAAGACUUCGCCAGGAACUGAUAAUUUUGCUCAACUAAACGUCAACAUAGAUCGCUUUUGGUUCAAAGCAAGAAAACAGUCUUUUGAUUCAAAUGAAUCACAGAGAGCCCGAAUAAUUGACUUCCAUGCCAAACUCUACAAGUUCCAUAAUAAAAAAAAAAAAAAAAGUGUCUUAACAAGGAUUCCAAGUAUUGAUAAACGCACCUUAAAUUUAUAUAGAUUGAGAAGUUGUGUAAAGCUUAGGGGAGGCUUCAAUGCAGUUUGUGAGAAAAAAUUAUGGGCUCAAAUAGGAAGGGAAUUAGGUUACUCAGGUAGAAUUAUGAGUUCACUGUCAACCUCUUUGAGAUCUGCCUAUGCAAAGAUAUUAUUGGAUUUUGAUGAAUACGAGGAAGAACAGCAACAUAUAUUUAAUUACGAAAUAAAUGAAGAAUCGCUGGAGUCACCAACUUCUCACAAUCCAAAUCAAAGGAAAAGGGGUGGAGAAGAUAUUUUGCAUGAGGAUGAGACUUUUUAUAAAAGGAGUAAAAUACAUCACGAGAUCUUCAAAGCCGGAUCAAUCAAUCAUGAAUUCAAACGAAUGAAGGACAUAAAGCACAUAAAAGGGUUUCCAACCUACUUUGACUCUCUAACUGAAUAUAAGUUAGGUUACACAAAAUUAACAGAGACCACCUUACCAGGCUAUGACUUCACUUUUUGGGAGAAUGGUAUGGAAAUAUACGAUAAAAGCAUAUUCGAAACGAGAAGUUCUCCCGUGUAUAAUUUGAGACAAUACUACGAAAAAAGUCAAGCUGUUUUCAGCGCCGUUGCGACGAAAUAUAACAACGACUAUCCAGCUUUAUUUGCAAGCCAUUCGAAAUUGCCUCAAGAAGAAUUCGAAAAGUUGUAUUUUCAUUUGUUAUCGAAGCCGCGUAUUGAUUUUGAAAUUGACACAGGCCCUGAUCUAUCGGCUUCUAUUAGAUCUUCAAGAAACGACUUAACUGAUAAAAAAGUGGGCAGCGGGAAUAUUCUACAUCGCUGGAAUUUAGACGACAUCCCCCUCAGUGAAUCAUCGCUUUUGAAACAUCUUGAUUUAGAUAUGGCAGAUUUUACAAGAACCAGUUAUGAUGUCGGAAUGCUAUUCUCAUGCCAAGGCUGGUCUGUUUCGGACCAUUUUUUACCAUCAAUUGACUACAACCAUUUGGGUUCUACGAAAUUGAUAUAUAGUAUUGCUCCGAAAGAUAUGGAGAAAUUCGAAAACUUAAUUGCUCGAGGAAAAAAAGAAGGGAAUGUCUUUCAGUCAAGGCCUCACUAUUCGGCUUCCGAUGAGGAAUGGAGGAGUUUCUCAGAGACCGACUUUUACAAGUCACUCCUAGAGGCGGAACAAAACACCGAUUUUUUAAACACCCGAAAUACUUCAAGGAAUACAUCCUCAGAAUAUAAGAUACCAACGGGAGCAAAUUCUUUUCGUGAUGGUUUGCAGAGCGAUUUACAAUUUGAACCCAAUUUUGUUUCAUCCAACGGUAUAAAACUAUAUAAAACAAGACAGGAGCAAGGCUCAUACGUUUUCAGGUUUCCAAAGGCGUUCACAUGUUGUAUCGGAUCGGGUUUCUAUUUAUCCCAGAAAGCAACUUUUGCACCAGUCUCAUGGUUAAAAUUCAGCUUUGAGGCAGCUAACUGGAUAUCGGAGCAGCGAAUACUUCCGGGUUUAGAUAUAAUCCAAUUAGUGGCUAAUGUGUUGCUGAAUUCAGAUAACGCCGAUUUAAAGCGCACAUGCCGUAAUUUGAUAAUUAGUCAUGUUCAUGAAGAAGCAGAAAACCGCAAAAAAUUAAAAGACCUAUUUGGCACUGUGGAUGUGGUCUAUAACAAGUUGGACUAUAUUUCAGACAUCAGUUUGGAUCCAACAGGGAUUUCAAAAAUCGUCGUGACACAUGGUGCGUUGCAGCGUGUUUUAUCUUUGAAAGAAUUUCUGGCACUUUUGGAUAAAUCAGAGAAUGGUAUUUAUAAUAUAUGCGGCAUUCCAAUACAUGACCAGACUGGUAAUCUCAACAUCUGCCUGCACCUGUAUUUUGAUGAGGAAAGCCUUAACGAUGCUCUUGAUGGCUUGGAUAAUCCUUUAAAGGCACAUUUAACCAUCCUUGGCGAAAGUCUUGAAAUGAAAUGGGACGCAUUGAUGACGUCCACCUUCAGAACUAGAACGGUCCCAUUAAAUAUCAUACAGUAUUUGCUUUCUCAUACUGAUAGCAAUACUGAGUUCAAUCGAAUGUUACGCUUUAACUUUGAUGAUGCUUUACUACUUAUAGAAAAAUGCAAAAAAUUUAUCAUUGCUUGCAUGGAGUCUUCCCAUAGCAUUGAGUGUGUAGAUUUCGGUAAUGGCUUCAAUUUACGUCAUUUACCGCUGGAACUGUCUAGCAACACGGUCAAUAAGUUGGAGAGCUUGUAUGAUAGUGUCCAGAAGUGUUCCAUUGAUUUUCCUGAGAGGCUAGAAAUUGCUAGACUGUAUCACAUAUCUCGGCAGUUUCCUAUUGAUAAUAAAGAUAUCAUUGAUGGUAAUAACUUGAAUUUGCUCAAGGAAUUAUAUCAGAGAUCAUUGAGUAUACCACUGAAGGCCUCUUAUUGGGCUGGAUUGACCAAGAAAAUCUGUAGGCUUGAGUGGUUGUCAGUGUAUGAGCAUAUAUUCAUUGAACGGAGUGAUACCAAAGAUGAAGAUCCUAUAAAUUACUCACUCCCAUCGCUAUAUUCUUACUUGAAAUUUGGCUUGAAAUACUGUGACGCUGAAGAUACAGAUAAAAUAGGCAAUGUUAGAGAGGUGAUUUUAAAAUAUCAAGAUACAAUGCAAAAGAUUCGAAUUUUCUUUGAAAAGGAAUCGCCCUCAAAAAUAUUAUUAAGUGAUUUGGAAAAUGUUCUACUAGGUAUCGAGAAACACCGUUUACCCAUACAGAGUAUCUUUUUAAGUGAGCUAGACUGCGUUAUCAAAGAAAUUGAACGUGCCAAAAGAAACAGCGGUGUGACUUUUUUAUCUAGUGCUGACAAUAUUAAUGAAAUGGACGAACUUCUCAGCAAAAAUGACCGCAAAUUUGUGAUGUUCGUAAAUCAGUUUAAUGGUUCAAGAUUAGACAAGAGACCACGGGUUGACGAUAAUCAAAAACAAAUAAGAACAAAACAGGAACUAAAAACCUACAAAUUAUGGAGUCAUCAUUUGGAUCGGAUACUGCAAAAAAAUAAACUCGCCAAAAUACUUCCUUUAGUCUUCAGGUGUUUAGAUUUGGAAUUGGACGAGUAUAUUUCUUUGGAAAACUGUGCUAAAUUUCAAACAAAAUAUUGCUUUUGUAGAAAAGUUGAAGAAGGCAGCGCUAUGGUGGAAUGUGAACUUUGCAAGGAAUGGUACCAUGUCGAUUGUAUCAACGAGGGUAAGUGGGUUCCACCUGAUGAUGUGAAUGUCUUAUUUGUUUGUCCAAUAUGCACGCCUUCUAAUAUGACCACAAAGGCUACCGAAGGCCCGGUUUUUGAAUUUAGCGACUUGAAGAGACUACUUAUAGAUUCGUUAAAACUAAGCAUAAUUCCAAACCCUCCAGUUUUGAAGAAUCUUUUCGACGUUUUUGCAUUGACUUUGAACUUCAGGAACAAAAUGCAAGCAGAACUAUUCACUAAGGAUGGUUUCAUAAAUCAGUCAGCAUCUACGCACAAGAUCAAGUAUUAUUUAAAGAAGUUGAGAGGCUCCAAGUGUAAUUUUACUGACCUGGCAGGUCCCUUAACGCGGUAUUGUCAGGAGAGAGACGCAAAGGUUAUAAAACGGCUUGAAGAAAAUGGAAGAACUAUAAUCACAGGAUUUCCAAACUAG